CUAUAUUGAAUGAUGCAACCAAUUAAGAAUUCUACAGAUUAUUUGCGAGACUCACUCACUAAUCUAUUACAUCGUUGGGAGAAAACAUACAUGGUUGGUUGAUUGUAGAGUGACUGAGUAGAUCAUGAACUCACGUUCCAAGUAUGGGUAGAAAAAGCGUAAUGACAAUGAACAAGUGAUGACACACUUCAUUCAACUGGUGAACAACAUUUAUGAGCAAAUACAAACAGGGCUCUCGAUAGAUCUAUCAGUGUUUGUACACUUUUUAAUCUGAUCGUGGACAUUCACUCAUAUAUAUAUAUAUAUAUCCUAGUGCUUCUAAUGAUUUGAAACAGUUUGUAAAAGAGACAACUACAGAUAUCAUCAACAAGUCAGCAUCCUUUCAUUUUUAUGACGCGCAAAAGUUAUGUUAUCAAACAUUAUUGCAAGAUAUAGACAUGAUGUUUACCUUGAAACUGUCGACUGUUGUAUCAUUUGCUCAUCUAUUUGCACCUAAUUUUAAGUAUCAGGGCAAGGAUUUAGAAAGGCGAUGUCGUCUGAUACUAGACACGGAUUUGCCUAAAAUAACAGAUAUUUUUAAUCUUGGAAAUGAAUUUCUUGAUAAUGCUACUAGAAAAACAAUGUUAGAUGACGAGCAAUUCGAUUUAACUCUAAAAGAUGUAGAAUUAUGGACAAUUAGGCAGGAAAAUAAUAAACACGUUGAUAUCGAACAUCUUCAAUCAAAUAUUGAAAGGAUUCAGGGGUUAUGUAAAAAACUAAACGCGCUAUCACUUGCACCAAACUGGAUAAGUAUUCUAAAGGAUAUAAUGGAUGAAAGGCUAAGGGCAAAGGAAUGGGAAGAGGAAUACAGUCUAUCAUUGGUCAAAGUUCAGUUGAAAUGGUUACAUGCAAUAGUAUUGCCAUGGAUCUCACACAUUAUGUCAAGAUCGAAUAAUGAAGAUGUCGACUGGUAUGAUUUCUUGAGGUUAAAACUAAGAGCAGAGCAUGUGUUAUAUGAGUCAAUAUAUCAAUAUAGAAUUAGAAAUAUACUUGAUACUAUUUUGGAUAUUCCUGAAACAAACGAUGCCAUCUUGGAUUUAAAGAUCACUGUAGACAAACGAGGUUACUUGGAUGACCUGGAAAAGAAACUGCUACAAGAGAUAAAAAAUCGACUUCUUCAGCUAAGCGUUUCUACUACAAGUAUCUUGGAAUACUAUGCAGCAUGUGUACAAUGUUUAAGACAGAUUGAUCCCUCGUGUAAGAUAUUAUUGACAGUAACUGACACAAUAAAAAAAUACAUAAGGGAAUAUCGUAAGGACGUGGCACAAGGAGUUGUUACUAUCAUUAGAAAUCCUGAAAAUUAUGAUAUUCAGCUACGAGGGAAUGAUGAUGAACCCUACGUGUUUGCAAUUGAUGAAUUAAGUAAUGAAAAGGCACAGAAAGAAAAGAUACCAGAUAGAGAACACAUGUUAGAAAAAUUGGAAAAGUUAAAAGCAAAAUCAUCGGAUAUGACAGCACUGUUGAUCAGUAUGUGCAGAUCAGCGAAGGACUUUGUGACAGCAUAUGGGGAUAGAUUGGGAGAAAUACUGUUGAAGACAAAAGACUAUGAUACUGAAGAGGAAAUACUUCGUUUGGAAAUAAUAAAGAUGAACUUUCCUCCAGAUAUGUUCAUUCGUUGUGAUAUCAUGCUUAAAGAUGUGGCAGAAAGUAAGCGAAUCGACAAGAUGAUCCAUGAAAACGAAGCCAUAGACAGCUCCUUCCGUUCUCUAAUUGUAUCACGAAAGUACUGGCCAGGUAAUAAUGAUAGUGGCGAUAGUGAUGAAUCUGAAGAUAAUGAUGAUAUUCACAACAUAAUGGAAUAUUGGCCCCAUCAAAAAAGGCUUAUGAAGGAUUACAUGGCAGAAUACGGGAGAAAGAAGGCUUCGAGAAGGUUAAAGUUUUUACCUUCAUUGGGCACUGUUUCAAUAGAGUUAGAGUUUCAAUCUGGCAGACAAGAACUUGAGGUUCAACCAGAAGCUGCGGUCAUCAUUUCACUUUACGAACAAGAAGGCAUAGCAUUAACAAAGGAUGACAUAGCAACUAGAUUAGGAAUUAAGAAGAAAGUGGUGGUAGAAUGUAUGAAUUUUUGGACGCAAAAGGGUAUCUUGGAACUCAUGGCGGAUGGACGAUAUCAACUAUUGUCAAACUUAAAAUGACAGCCAAGUUGAUUAUAAAAAAAAUACCUCCAAAAACAUUAUUCGUCAUAUACCACAAAUAAACAUGCUAUUCAACCCAAAGCUUCCUAUUUAUUUAUACGCAUAAGCUUGGUGUAUGACAUCUGAUCAAAGAUACAGAGCGG